CGCGUCUAGACGCUUCUGUACACCGAAUUCAUCAGUACACACUAGACGCUACGCCUAAAAGAAUAUUUAACUGUCAGGCCUAUUAUUGUCCUGCGUUUGACUUUGUAUUGUUUUUGAAGUUGAACGUCGCAAAUCGAAGUAUCAUUGAUGUCUCAUUUUAAAAGACGGGCAUUCAAGCUUGUAACUGAAGUUGGAGUUUGACUCCAUUGGUGUGUGCUGAUUUUUUUCUUCGGAGUACUGCUUACUUUGAUCGAAUGAGAUCGUCUAGAAUUCAGACAGCAGGAUCGAUCUAACUGUACCGGACAGAGACAUGUGGAAGAGGGUCUCUCAUGAACUCUUGGGUCUUCAUGUGUAUUUCAGGAGCAGGGUAUAGGUGUGGAUUUUGGAAUCUCGACCAUGGGCUCUCUAAAAGCUUUGCAGAACUGGUGCAGGAACCAGUGUGAAAAUUACAAUAAUGUGGACAUUACAAACAUGUCUUCAUCCUUCAGAGAUGGACUGGCCUUCUGUGCCAUCAUCCACAGACACAGACCUGAUCUCAUAGAUUUUGACUCCCUCUCAAAAGAAAAUGUCUUUGAGAACAACCGUCUGGCGUUUGAGGUUGCUGAGAGUGAGUUGGGUAUUCCAGCCCUGCUGGAUCCAGAAGACAUGGUGUCCAUGAGUGUGCCUGACAGAUUGAGCAUCAUCACCUAUGUAUCUCAGUAUUACAACUACUUCACCAACAAAUCUCACACUGUCUCCACAAACAUAAAGAGCCCUGGUGGUCCUGGUCACAUCAAACCAGCCAUAAAGAGACCAUUUGCUUCUCCAGAGGGCCGUGACGCUCAGACUGAGUCUGGUGCAGAUAGCCAACCAAAACGCAGUACUCUAAGCAGCACCUGUUCAGUCUGUGGAAAGCAUGUUCACUUGGUUCAGAGGAUCCUUGUUGAUGGCAAACUUUAUCAUCGGAACUGCUUCAGAUGUAAGGAAUGCAGCAGAACUUUACUGCCUGGAUCUUACAAGUUCACAGAGGAUCCUGGAUCAUUGGUUUGCACACACCACUUCACCAGAUCUGCCUCAGAUGCCAGUCAGAAUGGUAAUUCAGAUAUGAGUAAUAAACUAGCCAAACUAACCUCAACAAGCCCAGAAGACCCAAACAAUAGGAGUUUAGAAUCUAAAGCAUCACACAGCGAUGCUGAGAUCACCCCGGAGAGAGAGGAAGAGGAAAUAACUGAAAUAGAAAAAGCAUCAAGCAAGCAGCCAGAUAGCAGAUCAGAAGUCGAGACAGAGCACGGAGCGCCUUGUUCUUCUAGUCCACCAAAUCCCUUUGAUGAAUCUGAAGAGGAGGAUCAGGACGCACAACAAGAAGACCACAAGCCAGCCGCUAGUGGGGCCAAUGGUGAUGAGCCAACAACGUCAGUGAAGAGUACAGCAGCAGAGGGUCGACCGGUUCCAGCACCUAGACGGGUAUUUGAGCCCACCCCUGCUCCUCGCCCUGUCCCCAGACCACGCCCACCCAGACCCUCUGUCAAUGGAGUUUCUGACACUCAAAUUUCUCAAGUUCCUGAGCCAAGAGAAAGAUUGCACUCACCUGCUCGCUCUAACAAGGCCAAUGACACUCCUAAACCAAAAGACCCACCCUGGCUGGCUCUUGUCCAAUCAGAAACCAAGAAGAAACCAGCACCUCGCCCACCCACAGGUAUAGCUAUACCUCCCUGCACUGGUUCAUCUCCUUCUCGAAAGGAGGAGGAAUCAAGACCAUCCUCUUCUCCAAAUCCCUUUGAUGAUGAGGAAGAGGAGCCAGAAACGGCUCCUGAAGAUCCCCCUGGUCCUGUGGUGGCUAGUCACCCUUGGUAUGGGAUUACCCAGGCUGCUGAAAUCACAGCUGGGGACACAAGAAGACAAAGUCCUGCCCCUUCUGAAAGUCCUGUAAAUGUCCGAAGGAAGAAGCGACCAGCACCCAAAGCUCCGAAUUCUUCUCUGUCAGCUUUUCCUUCAUCUCAGACUUCCUCUCCUGCUUCUUCUUUAGCUCUGAGCACAGAGAGCCUGUCCUCCUCUUCCUCAGACCACAGUGCAGUCCCCCAGCAACCUGCUGCUAAUGAACAGGACCAUUUGUUUACCAAGAGUGUGUCUGAACCAUCAAUCAACGCUCCUGCCCUGUCCCAAAAAACUAAGCUUCAGCCUCACUCUUCUCCAAACCUGCCUCCUCCACCACCACCUUCCAGUACCAACUCAGCACCAGCUACUCCACAAACCAAUCGCAGUGUGAGACCACCAAUGUUCCCCUCUUCACACACACCCAGCACUCCAGGCAAGCGCACUUGUAAAGAGAAUCCAUUUAAUCGAAAGACAACCACCUCUGUCAGCUCUUCUGUAUCCAGACCCCCAAAAGGGCCCCGUCCUGCACGACCUCCUGCUCCUGGACAUGGAUUUCCUCUCAUUAAGCGAAAAGUACAGUCAGACCAGUAUAUCCCAGUUGAAGACAUCCAUGUAGAGAUGAGUGAUCUGGAGAAACGGUUGGAUGAAUUAGAGCAUAGAGGGGUGGAUCUGGAGAAGAGCUUACGAGAAUGUUCAAAUGAUGAUGAGGAGGAACAUCUACUUGUUGACUGGUUCACUCUGAUUCAUGAAAAGCACUUACUGGUACGGAGAGAGGCUGAACUGGUCUACACAGCCAAGCAGCAGAACCUGGAGGAGAGGCAGGCCGAUGUGGAAUAUGAGCUUAGAUGUUUACUUAACAAGCCAGAGAAGGAAUGGACAGCUGAAGACAAAGACAGGGAAAAGCAAUUGAUGGCAGAACUUGUCACGAUAAUUGAGCAGAGGAACCAGAUUAUUAACAGCAUAGAUCUGGACAGACAGAGGGAGGAGGAGGAAGACAAACUAGUAGCUGAUAUGCUAAAGAAAAAAGAGUUUCAUGGACCGGGUGAGCAGAAGAAGAAAGCAGGGAAGUUUAAGCCCAUGAAGGUUUUGAAGAGACUGAGCACCAAGAAUGAAGGAGUAAAGGACAACAGUCCCCGAAAAGAGAACAGCUGAAGAGUAAACUUACUGAAGGAAAAUGAAAACAAAAAAGAUAUACUAAAAAGAUUUACUAAAUGCUUUUUAAGUCUAAUUAACGCUUUUGAAUAUAUUGCUAUAAAACAGAGCUCAAAUUUGUCUUUGAGGUAGUAGCAGCUGAACUGAUACACUGCACUACUGCAGUACAUUAAAGUAAAAAAAUAACACUGUCUUGGUCAGAUACGACAAUUAUUUUUAAUUUAAAAAAAAAAUCUUGAAAGGCUCAGCCAAAUAUAUAAUCUUACUUUAAUCUCUACAGUACAUUUUGAAGUAAAAGAAAACUGAUACUGAAUGUGAUUGACAUGACAUUGAGAGUCCCAAAUUUUAACACAUACCUUUCUUUUAAACUCAUCGUUUAUGAGAUGAGAAGCCCAUUAGAUAGUAUGACAUUUAUUUUUGCCAAACUUAAUUUAAUCUUGUUCUCUGAGUUUAUAUUUAUUUAUAAAUGGCAUGGAGGUACUGCUACUUGUGUUUCUGUUCACACUGAAGAGUUUAAAAAAAACAACAACAAAAAACACGUAGUGAAUCUUUUCAGGCCACAUUCAGCCCUUUCAUUUUAUUAACAAAGCUUUGUUGAGAUGAAAGCAGAAAUGAAUUGCCAAUCUUACAGUCUAUAAUAUUGCUAAGAGAGAGUGAAAUGCAUUUCCAUCUCAUGAAUGCUUUGUGAUUUUUUGAGUAACAGGGAUUUGGUGUUUUUUGUCUGCCUGGGUUUGGUUGCACCAGCUGUGCUUAGUUUAAAAAAAAGAAAGAAGAAGCCUAGUUUAAAAUGGGCAUUGAGUUACAGUUUACACAGUAUUAAAUAUUCGACCAUUAAACUUGGUUCAAACAUAACUGAACAUAGAUAUAUACAAAAUAUACACUAAAUAAUGACGGAAGCCUCCGACCACAUAGCAGAUUUUUAAAUUGCAUCAAUAAGCUCAUGUUUUACCUGACAGAAUACAGUGCUUUAGACAUGUUUGUUUGUGUUGACAUUUACAUUUGUUUACAUUUUAAAAAAGAGAAUGUUAUGUGAAUAACUGACUUGCAGCUCUCCAGCACUUAAGCAGAUCUGAACAGAAAAACAGUAUUGCCUCAGUAUUUAUUUAUUGCUCCUUUUGUCAUUUACAGUGUUACUUACAAUGUUAUUUACAGAAUAGUCUUAGAAACGUAAUUUUAGCAUUAGUUACAUGAGGCAAAAGAAAUUGGAAUCAAUCUUAAGACGAUAAACUGAAGUUGGCGCAGACGGCCUUGUGGGCAGCGCGCCAACAUAUAGCGCCAUUGCGCUACGGGCGUCCCGAGUUCGAAUCCCAGCUCGAGGACCUUUCCAGAUCCCGCCCCCUUUCUCUCUCCCCCACUUCACUUCCUGUCGCUUCUGCACUGUCCUAUAGUAAUAAAGUAAAAAAAUGCUGAAAAUAAAUCUUAAAAAAAAAAAAAAAAAAGGAUAAACU